CAGGAUUCGCACGUGCGCCAUAGCGAUGAUGCCACCAUCGCUGGUCUUGUUUCAAGCUUACCAAAUAAGCACCUUGAUGUUUCUGCAGAAGAAGGGUUCAUCACUAUUCCAUUCAAAAUUACUGCUCAAUGGCCCCAUCGAAGCCAUUUGUGAUGGAGAGGGGGUUGCAACAAUGUGACUUGAUCCCGCCGUUCCUUUGUUUUGGGGGUGAAUGUCCUGAACCGGAUGAUAGCUGAGGAAGUGAAAAACGGUUGCAUUUCUCCACCAUUAAUAGGCAGGGAUGGUGCAGAGCUGUCUCAUCAGCAGUUUGCGGAUGAUACUAUUCUGUUUUGUCCGCAAGAUGAAGAGACAAUAAGAAGCUACAAGAGGCUAAUAUGGUGCUUUGAGAUCACUUCUGGGUUGAGUAUCAACUUUAACAAGUCAAGCUUGACCCCGAUAAACUGACUGGGAAUGGGUGCAAUAGAUGUGUGACCUUCUUGGUUGUAAGUCAGCAUAGCUACCAGUGAAGUAGUUGAGAAUAUAACUUGGUGCAAACCCGAGGCUAGUGAAAACAUGAAAACCAGUUAUUGAUAAGGUAGAGGAGAAGCUAAGCUGAGUCUUUGAAAGGCCAAGGUACUGAGUAAAGUAGGUUUGCUGGUGCUCAUUAAGUUUGUAUCAAUAGUUUGCCUGUCUAUUAUCUUACACUGUAUAAGAUGGCAAACUGUUACUAGAAACUCAUUAUAGUGCAAAGGAGGUUCUUUUGGGGUAAAGAAGAUGGGAUGCUAGGAAUGGCGUUAGUUAAAUGGGAAUUGUUAUAGUGCCGAAGAAGUUAGGAGGGCUUGGAGUUGGGGAUGCAGUAAUUCACAAUACAACCUUGUUCAAAUGGUGGUGGAGAUUUUCUAAAGAAGAUUAUCCUCUUUGGAAUAAAGGAACAACAUAUGCAAGAUAAAAUAGUUAAUGGUUUAGCCAUGGAUGUACGGGAUGGGAGAAGAACAAGGUUUUGGGAGGAUUCAUGGUUAUAAUAUGGAAAAUUGAAAGUCUCGUUUCAAAAACUCUUCUUGGUGUUAAACUAACAAGAAUUUACCAUUGGGAAGUGCGGGUUUUGGAAUGGGUUGGAUUGAAUAUGGAGCUUUCAACGACAGAGGAAAGUUCCCCAAUGGGAGUUUGAAUUGUUAAACCAACUACAUGGGGUUUGCAAUCAAUUUGUUUGGUGAUAGAGAGGGAGGACAAAGUGGUGUGAAAAUUUGACAGUGAAAAGGUUUAUCUUCGACUAACUCCUUUGUGCAAUUGUUGCAGGCUGCAAAGUUGACAGAAGAAGUGGCGAGCUAUAGCUUUACCAAAGUCGUCUAAAAGGGACUGGAAACAUUUUGAAACUGUUGAGUAUUUUGUGUGUGCUUGGCUCCAGCAAUUCAGACGAACCUAGACCUUUCAGAGUAUUAUGAAAGAGCACUUUGAGAGUUGGAUAGCUGUGUUCAUGAGGAUAGAGAUCCGGAAGCUAAUAGAGGAACUUCCUGAAAACUGGAAUCACGUGCCAGAUAUACAGUCCCUGUGCUCACUUGACCGUUCAUUUCUUUUUCCUGGUGAACAAGUUUAUAUCUUGGCAUGCUUGUCUGCAUCUAAGCAGGAUACGGACAUGAUUACUCCAGUUGCUACAGCGAUGAGUAAGAAUGGCGUAGGUCAAAGCCCUGAGAGAGAAAAUGAAAACAGUAAAAACAGAAACAAUUUAAUAUCUAGAGAAGGGCAAUUAAGUACCAGUGUUGAAGAGCAUCUGGAAGAUUUUAUUGAUGGUGAAUCCCUUUGUAGGAUGGAGGCACAGAAAAGACGAACUGAAUUGUUGUUACAAAAAUUUGAGAAUUCACGCUUCUUUGUGAGGAUUUCAGAAUUUGAUGAACCCUUGUGGUCCAAAAGAGGCAGUGCAAUAAAUUUUUUUAACCCUUCUGAUGCAAAUGGCCUAAAGGCUUUAAAUAUCCAAAUUGAAGAGCCUACAUUGUCUUCUACUGGAGUGGUUAUUGAUAGAGGAAAUUUUAAUGCCACCACUUCUGGAGGAUUGGUGAGAGAUUCUGUUAAGUGUUCUGCUCUUCCUAAUGGAGACAUCGUGAUUCUUUUACAGAUGAAUGUUGGUGUAGACUCUCUUAAAGAUCCUUGUAUUGAAGUUCUCCAAUUUGAAAAGUGUCCAGAGAGAAAACUGCCUACCGAUGACCACUUCGAGGUAGAACAUACAAAUGAGGAUCCAUGUGCUGAAUUGUUAAAUUGGAUGCUUCCAUUGGAUAACAAUCUUUCACCUCGCCUGCAAUCUCCUCCUAAUUUAAGACGUUACUCCAUGUCAUCGUUACCCCAAAGUAUGAGCAGUCCGUCUGGUUAUUUAAAAGCAGUUAGUUCUAUGUCAAACUUCCUUGAGAACAGGGAUCAAAUCCUAUCUAACAGUUACUUGAGGAGAAAAUUUGCAUUGGAAGGACUACUAUCUUUUCGAGGAGUCUCUUUGGAGCAAGAAAGAUUUUCUGUCUGUUGUGGAUUAGAAGGCCUCCAUACUCCAGGAAGAAGAUGGAGAAGAAAACUUGAGAUAGUACAACCUUUGGAGAUUCACUCUUUUGCUGCUGACUGCAACUCAGAGGAUCUUCUUUGUGUUCAGAUGAAGAAUGUCGCUCCUUCAAAUGUUCCUGAUAUUGUGAUAUUUAUAGAUACAAUAUCUAUUGUUUUGGAGGAGACAACAAGAAAUGGACCAAUGCCAUCAUUACUGAUUUCAUGUGUUGAAGCUGGAAAUGACCAUUCUUUACCAAAUCUAACCCUUAGGAGAGGUGAAGAGCAUUCUUUUGUCGUUAAACCAGCAACUUCUAUGAAGAAGAGUAUCAAUAUUCAAUACGAUACAAGUUCUCAAUUUUCAAAACAAUUUCAAAAUAGAACAUCAAAAUUAAGUCUGGAUGGAAGAAAGCCUACUUUGAUUAAUGAUCAGUAUGCAAUUGUGGUGUCAUACCGGUGCAAUUAUACAGCAUCAAGGUUGUUCUUUAAGCAACAAACUAGUUGGCGACCAUGCACCUCUAAGGAUAUUAUGAUCUCUGUUUCAUCAGAGAUGUUAGGACAAUAUCCAAGACCUUGUGCAACCUGCCAACUUCCUGUGCAGAUCCUAACUCUGCAAGCUUCAAAUUUAACAUCUGAAGAUCUAACUUUAACAAUGCUAUCUCCUGCAUCCUUUAGUUUACCCCCAUCAUUGGUCUCCUUGAGUUCUCCAACGACUCCAAGAAGUCCUUUUAUUGGUUUCGCAGAUUUUUUAGGAAGAGUAAAUAGUGGAAGGAGUAGUGGUGCCACCCAGCCGUCAACUGUUGAAGAAAAUGGGGAAAAAAGUUCUACUAGUGAAGCUAAGGCAGUUUCUACAAGUGAUGUUCUUCCUAAUUCUGGCCUGAGUUGUACUCAUCUAUGGUUGCAGAGUAAAGUUCCACUCGGGUGUAUUCCAGCUCAAUCUAUAGCAACUGUCAGGCUUGAACUACUCCCAUUGACAGAUGGCAUAAUUACGCUUGACUCUCUGCAAAUUGAUGUUAAGGAAAAAGGUAUUACUUAUACCCCUGGGUGCGCUCUAAAGAUAAAUUCAACUUCCAGUAUUCCGAAGGGGAUUAGUUAGAAUGGGACCUGUGGCUGUUUGCAUUUCCUUUUCCUUUCUCAUCAAGCUCAUUAACAAAAUAUGGAUGAUUUGCUUGCCUAAGUUCUAGAAGUGCCCUUGCAACUUAUUCUCAUGGCAGAAAACAGAUUUAUUACUUUCCUGAAUUUUAGAGUUUCGCUUAUAACUUAAAUGUCACAAUAGGUGUUUAUAGGUAGAGAAAUUCAGUUAAGAAAUGUGUUGGGGUAUAUUUAUCCAAAUAUAGAGUUUUCCUUUGUAUUGUAAAAUGUAAAUCACAUGGUUAAAUAGAUACUUACUAGGUGUUACAUGCCCUUUAUUUAAGGGGAAAAAUGUAAACAGAGAUGGUAUUUUUGUAUUUUUAUUUUUUUUGUAAAUAUGUGAGUGAAUUAUCAAUCUGGCCUCUAUUUCUUAGAAUGACAAUGCGGUCACUCAAGAUAAAAAUGAUCCAUUUUGGUUCAU